GGCGUUUAUAAAUAGGCGGCGGCGGCGGCGGGGCGGGCAGCCGGUCGCGGGCACGGGAGCGGGAGGCAGCGCUGGAGAUGACCACCACAACCACGUACCAGGGCCUGGACUCCACAGGCCGCAGCAGCUCCAGAGUGUUGCAGCCUCCUGGUGGUGGAUCCAGCAUUUCAUUCGGGGUGGAGGAAAAUGUCAAACCUGUGCAUUCCCGUCCAAACAAAACUGCAUCCAAUAUCUUUGGGCCACCAGUGGAAAGUCAACCUGUGGCUAGAAGAAGCAACCCACCAGGUGGAAAAAGUAGUGGUAUCUUUGGGGCAGCUACCACUGAAACGCCAGACCUAAAACAACGGAGAAAUCCUCCUGGUGGCAAGACAAGUGGCAUUUUUGACACUGUGAAAACACCUCCCAAAACUCUGGAUAUUGCAACUGGGGAAGGUGAAAAUUGCCCAGGUUCAUUUCGCACUGGCAAUUAGGAGUGUCAGCUGAAACUGCAAACCAACCAGAGGCCCAGGGAGAGAAGGAAGAGUCCGUGCCCAGCCCAGUGUCUGCUCAACCUGAAUCAUUUCGGCCCAAGAAAGUCCCACCCGGUGGAGUCUCUAGCCUUGUGCUGGGAUAGGUCCACCGUUCACCUCAUUAUCUCAGCUGCAGACUGAAUAAAUGUUGAUUUUAUUGUAAACUUAAAAUUUGAGCUUCACCAUUUUGUAUUGGCACUUUACAUCUGAAUGUUUCAUAGGUGCUCCAAACAUGAGGUCUCCUGGGAAAGGCAUGAGUUAUUUCCUCCCUGUGAUGUAAACUACUGAGUGUUUGUUUUUCAUGUGACUUCAGACUAAAUUCUGGCAUUUUGGACUUUGUAUUGGGUGUGAUUUGUGAUGCAAAUAAAAAAAAUACUCCAAA